AUGAAAACGAAUGCAUGUAGCGUCAAAGGAAGGCGUGGCAGAGGCGUGGCUGCUGCAAAGAUGGCGGAGAGGACGGCGGAUCAGCGGAUACGCACCACAGAGUGGGAAGACAUUCAGUACAGCCACGGCAACAAGGUCGGGAAGUACGCCACCAAUGAGCUCGAGAUACUUGCGCAAAAGAUUGCAGACAAAAACAUCAACGCGUGCCUCAAGGCGUAUGAUCCCAAUGAGGAACGCGUGCGUGACAAACUGGAGCGUUGCGGGUACGACACGGAGCUCCAGCUGGGUGAGUCCAACACGGAAGACACGAUAGCAGACAACAUUCUUGACGAUGAUGAUGAGGCACUUCUGGCACUCCGCAGGAAACGCAUGGCGGAACUGCGAAAAGAACAGGAGUCGCAACGAUUUGGUCUUCUCCGUCACGUACCAGGUUCGGACUACAUGACCGAGGUGACAGAGGCCUCUGCGGCUCAUUGGGUUGUUGUGCUGCUAAUCAAGCCGGGAAAUGGGGACUGCGAGGCCCUGCUGUCUGUCAUGCGUGUGCUGGCGCAGCGUCAUCGGAGCGUGAAGUUUAUUUCAAUGAUAUCAACUGAGGCAAUAAAAAACUUUCCAGAGCGGCACCUUCCCUGCGUGCUGCUUUACAACGGAAAAAAGUUACAGCAACAACUGACGGAGCUCACACCUUGGAGAGCAAAGGAUAGGCAGAUCUCAGUGGACUCCGUGGAGCGUGUCUUGCACCGCUAUGGUGUUCUCACCAGUGAGGAGUUUGAUGCCGAGGAGGAAGAUUGA